AGGUUCUGGCAAGCGCUGGAAAGCGGCGUGUGUUGGGUACAGUCCGGAGAAGAGAGCGGGAGCCUCGCGAGUGGCUGCCGCUGCUGCCGCUGCUACUGUGCCUGGAUCCUGACAGCCGCUACUGAGGCGCCUACGCAGGCACGGGGCUGCCAGCGCACUCCAGGGAAGGGGCGAGCCGCUGCUGCUUGGGUCGCCGCCGCCGCCGCUGGCCACUGGGCUCGAGGGGCUUUGCUGCUGGUGACCCCGGGCUGGGCAGUUGGGGUUGCCUUUGGCGGAGGAAGGAAGGCGCGCGGAGAGGAAGCCGAAGCAGCCCGAGGAGAGAAGAAGCAACAAGUCCGUCUGAGGAGGAGCUCGACGACGAGCACCUGGGAAGGCUGGCCGGCGCCGCUCUUGGGAUAUAGUCCACAGCCGCCGCUUCUCGCCGGCUCUUCCACGCCUGCCUGGAUGGCUACUUUGGGGGUCCCGGCUGGGGAAAGCUUGCUAUGACGCCGGUGGGGCUGCCGCCUGCCACCUUUCCCCACUGAGAGCGCGUCGAGGGCUUCGGGUCGAGGCUUUUGAUUUAUUUUCGUUCGGGUGGCGAGGGGAUUGCUUGGCCAACUAGCCCGAGGAGGCGGAGGAAAGGCCGUCUCCCUGCUGCCCUUCUGCCAGCCAAGCAUGGUGGGGAAGAGCCAAGAAGCCAGGGGUCAGGAUGCCAACGGGGAGGCCAGCUGCUGGGGAGGACGGCGGCACUGCUGCUCCAGCGGGACUGUCGCCGCGCCCCCCUCCCGCGCGCUGCUGGCUGCAUUCCUCCUCUCGGUGCUGUCCGUCGCUUCCUGUGUCUAUCUGGGGAUGAAGACCAGUGACCUCCAGGCCAGGGUCUCGGCCAUCGAGACCGCUCAAGGGGACGUGUCUGCUGCUGCUGCUGCUGCGUCCUACCAGCUGCUGCCCAGCUAUUCUUUGGAUCAGCUGAAUUCACUGAUGCAGGAGAAAGUGGAGCGACUUCUGGCUCAGAAGUCCUAUGAGCACAUGGCAAAAAUCAGAAUAGCAAGAGAAGCUCCUCCAGAAUGCAGCUGUCCACCAGGUCCUCCUGGUAAACGAGGUAAGCGAGGAAGAAGAGGAGAGAUUGGACCUCCUGGUCAGCCUGGUCCUCAAGGUCCACCUGGUCCAAAAGGAGAGAAGGGAGAUCAAGGUGAUCAGGGCCCUCGGAUGGUGUUUCCUAAAAUCAAUCAUGGGUUUCUCUCUGCUGAUCAGCAGCUCAUUAAACGCCGCCUCAUUAAGGGUGACCAAGGACAAGCUGGACCCCCUGGGCCUCCUGGGCCUCCAGGUCCAAGGGGUCCUCCUGGAGAUACUGGCAAAGAUGGCCCCCGAGGAAUGCCUGGUGUACCGGGAGAACCAGGAAAGCCGGGUGAACAAGGCUUGCUGGGACCUCAGGGGCCUCCAGGACAAAAGGGCUUACUUGGUGCACCUGGUGUUCCAGGAAUGGAUGGUCAACAGGAGGAGCCUGGUGAACCCGGUGCAAUGGGAGAGAGAGGCGUCCCUGGACUUAAGGGUGAUCCUGGACAGCAGGGAGAAAAGGGCGAUAUUGGAGAAAGUGGACCCAAAGGUGAUGCAGGAGAAAAGGGUGACCCUGGAUCUUCUGCUGCAGGAAUUAAGGGAGAACCGGGAGAAUCGGGUCGACCAGGACAAAAGGGAGAGCCAGGACUGCCGGGACUGCCUGGAUUACCUGGGAUUAAGGGUGAACCAGGUUUCAUUGGUCCACAGGGAGAACCGGGAUUGCCAGGAUUGCCAGGAACAAAGGGUGAAAGGGGAGAAGCUGGGCCUCCUGGGAAAGGUGAACGAGGUGAACCUGGAGUUCCAGGGCCAAAGGGAAGGUCAGGCGAAUCUGGAACUAGAGGCCCCAAAGGGUCGAAGGGCGAUCCUGGAGACAAAGGUGACUUGGGGGCAAUAGGUCCAAGGGGCCCACCUGGACAAAAAGGUGAUCAAGGUGCCACAGAGAUCAUUGACUACAAUGGCAAUAUUCAUGAAGCUUUGCAGAGGAUUACCACCCUAACUGUCACGGGUCCUCCAGGCCCACCUGGACCCCAAGGAUUGCAAGGACCAAAGGGUGAAUCUGGAUCGCCAGGAUUACCAGGUGUCGAUGGAGAGCAGGGGCCUAAAGGCUCAAAGGGGGAUAUGGGUGACCCUGGAAUACCAGGAGAAAAAGGUGGAAUUGGACUUCCAGGAUUGCCAGGAUCCAAUGGCAUGAAGGGUGAAAAAGGAGAUGUUGGCUUGCCAGGUCCUCAAGGUCCCUCUAUUUUAGGACCACCUGGACCUCCCGGCCCACAUGGUCCACCAGGGCCUAUGGGACCUCAUGGACUACCAGGCCCAAAGGGUAUGGAUGGCCCACUUGGUCCACAUGGCCUUGCAGGUCCCAAAGGAGACAGAGGUGAAAAGGGAGUUACAGGAGAUCCUGGGCCCAGGGGACCAUAUGGCUUGCCUGGCAAAGAUGGCGAACCUGGCCUUGAUGGUUUCCCUGGUCCUCGCGGAGAAAAGGGUGAUGUAGGAGAAAAGGGAGAAAAGGGAUUCCGUGGAAUUAAGGGGGAAAAGGGGGAGCCAGGCCAGCCAGGCCUGGAUGGGCUGGAUGCCCCUUGCCAAUUGGGGCCAGAUGGAUUACCAAUGCCAGGCUGUUGGCAAAAGUGAUGAAUCUAACUUUGCAAGCAUGAAGUUGUGUAUAUAACGCUCCACCUCUUGUAUUUAUAGUUGAAAAUGGAACAAUUGGUUUUACAAGUCCGAAAUAUGUUUACAUGUAGCUGCUUCUACUUGUUUGCAGUAGUCCAUGUGUACAUCUCUUCGUCACAUACAUCUACAAUCCAGCAAAAUAUAAACUGUGUGAAAAACUUGCAAAAUCAAGUAUUAGUUGCUCUACCAAGACAAUCUCUGCAGAGCAAUCAGUCAUAGACAUUUGAGUUGUUUCUUUCAUUUUCCGUUUUGUUUUGGCUAAUGGACCUGCAUGGACAACAAGUGCCAUGAACUAGUUUACAUUAAAUUGUGACCAAAUAUGAGCUCAAUGCUAUAAAAUGUACUGCACCUGAUCGCCAUUGGAAUAUAGUGACUUUGCUACAAUGUUCACUUCCAUAAACUCCAUCACAGGUUCAUACACCCCAUAUUUGCUUGUGCUGACUAAAAUCAAAACGCAUGGCUUGUGUGCCAAAACAGCUUGUUGUGUGGUCAUCUCAUGUGCUACAAUGGUUGCUUGCUGCGUGUUUCAGUUCAGACAUCUGAAUUGUUCUUUUUGUCAUCUCAAGGGAGUCACACCAUGGCUUAUUGCAAAAAAAUGAUAAGAGGAAAUUAGACAGUGGUCUCGAUUUGGAGGGAACUGCAGUUCCUUCUGACGGUGGACGGCUUUCAGUCUUCUGGGUCAUGGAGCCAAAAGGGUGAUACCUGUACAUCAGCCUCCAUUUGCUGUCACUGUUCACAGUCACAAGACUUUCACUUCGGGUGGAUUUCAAUGUCAGGCCCUGUUGACUGUUUAACCAAGAAGGAAAGAAGCGUGAAGAUCUUUCUCUGUGAGUGGCUUGACAGAGUUGCAGAGAGAUACCAAAUGGAUCAACUGAUGGUAGGCCAUGGUAUCAGCUGGAGAACAACAUGACCUUAUUCAAAGUUUGGUGCAAUAUGUGAUCCGCAUAUUGUUUUUGGGAUUGUGAAGGAAAAAGUAUUCUUGGCAAAAGAUACCAUAAAAUGCCUUCCUCUGAAGUAAUGGAACAGAUAAGACUUUAUAUGGAUUACCAUUUGGAUUUUUAAAAAAAUCCUGAUUAAAUGAGAAAUAUUUGUAGGAUUUUGGAAAAUAUAUGUAAUUCUGUUUGUUUUAUGCAUUCACUAACUUCUUCAUGUGUACAGACACAUUUGUUUUGAAGAACACACUUGUGUUCAACUUCUUUCAGCUUUGUAUAUCUGAGGAGCGAAGACAUCUUCACCACUGCAAAGCAAGGAGUUGUUUUUUAUUAUUUUAUCUUACAAACUCAUUUAUUCAUAUGCCCUUUUUUCCUGCUGCAGUGAACAUGUUUGAGGCCACUGUAGUCCAAAGAAUGUGGAAAAAGAAAAGGAAAAAUUAUUGCAUGCCAGUGCCAGAAAACUGUAUAUUUUCUCUCAAAUAUAUCUGCUAUUUUCAUCUGAAUUUUAAUUACUAAAAAGUGAAUUGUUUCAUUUCUAUAUUUUGAAUACAUCUGCUUUACAGUUAUGCCUUAUAUUCAUAAGGUACAUUUGUAGUCAGCCUAAGAAACUAAUUUGUGUCACAUGCUACGUCACUUUGCUUUAAAACAAAAAAUCUGCCAGUGCUCAAGUGCUUACUAUGUUUUUACAUGCAUUCAUCAAAAAAUGUGUUUUUUUACAUCUGACCAAAUAAGAUAUUUCAUAAACAUGUGAAAAAUAAUGUAAGCAGUAUGAAAGUGUAUUUUUAUCAUAUAAGCGUGUGUUUCUAGAAUAAGCAUCAAUUGCUUCCAAAUGUCAUGUAUGAUUGAACAUUAUCUUGAAAACAGAGUUGUAAUGAUUACACUUCCAAAUACUAACUCAGUACUGCUUUACACCCAUAAAUCAAUAGGAUCCACCCUAUAGACAUCUAUUUAAUUUAAAUUUCAUUUUCAGAGCAUCAGAGAUAUUACAAUAAUCUGUUGUUGUUUAAAAUAAUAUUACUUUUUUUCCAGAGCUGAGAGAACUUCUCAAUGACAGUUCAGAACUUAAAACUUUCCUCUUAACAUUUCUAACAAAUAUUUUGCCAAAGGUUCAGUGAUGUCCUCUGAUAACAGGGUGGAAAAUGUCAGGUAUCAAGAAAAAGGAUCCCUUGCUUUUGCUAAAAGCUUUCUUUCAUUAUUUUUUUUAUUGUGAACUGUCUUACAUGGAUAGGCAGGAUUUAACUGUUUUAAAUACAUGAAUAAUAAAUCAAAUUUCUCAGUAAAAAACAACUAAUAGCACACUUGCAAAGAAAGCAUAGUCUUGAUGUAUAUAGCAGCCCUAUCUUGGUAUUGCCUCCCUUGCAAGCCCGAGUUUUGUACCUGGGCUUUUACUUGGGUUAACGGGCGCAAGUGCACCCUUUCCCCCAGGUACAGGGUAACUCAUACACAGAGCAUACAUAGAGUUGGGUGCCUAGAGCACCCAACUCCUGAAGAAAUCCCCCAAUGAACUGCACUCAUCACGUAGUGCAUUGUGGGAUUCCUGGAGGCUGGAAACGCGAGUCCCAGCCUCCAGAGAUCCAUGCUGUUCCGUGCAGCACGGAUCAUGUGGCGGUAUAGCACUGUGCCAACAGAAACUUCAAGAAUCAUCUGGGGGGAAGGUAGGUCCAUCCCUGCCUUUCCCACCACCUGCCUGAUCAUGAGAAUAACCUUAUUAACAUUGUGUUUGUUUCUUGAUUACUGAUAUGCUUACUACAUCCUAAUCAUACAGCACUUAAUUCUAAAUCUGGACUUAGGUUAAUAUCUAUAAAAACUUCAUUCUGUAUACAAGAAACCUAUAAACCAGGCAGUACAUUCCAUUCUAACAUUUUCGUAAUAUUUUUGUGGACUUUAAAAAUAUAUAUAUUGCAGCUGAUUUAAUAACAAGUGACUCCAUUUAUACUUUUUGUUACUUUAAAACACCCGGGGUACGAUCACUCACUGUCUAGGUGCAAUGCCCAUGCACUGAAACUUCCUAGUAGAGCUAAACAGAGCUGUGUUUCUUCUCCUUCCCCUGCCACAAAUUCAGAGAUACACACACAGGCAGUCCAGGGAAUGUCUGUCUAUGUCUGUCAGGGAAUGCUCUAUGACUGUUGACCAUAUCCCUGUCUAGCCCUUCCCCUCUGCUCAGUCAAAGUUCACAUGUUUUCCUCACAUAACUUGACCAAGGAGAGCAGGAGGACUUGGGGGGGGGGGGAUAUAGGAGGUGUUCUGUUGUUGCUUUUGAACUUAUUUUAUUUAUUUAUUUAUUUAUUUUUGCAUUUUUAUACUGCCUUUCGUUAAAAAAUAGCCACAAGGCGGUUUACAAAUGUUAAAAACAUACAAUAAAACACAAUAAAAACAUCAUGCUAAAAAUAUAAAAACAGGCAUAAAACAAUACAACAGAUAAAAACACCCAGAAGCAGCAGUAAAGAAGAUUAUGUAAAAGCCUGGGUAAAAAGCCAAGUCUUUACAAGCUUUCUAAAAGCCGUGAUGGAGCCCGAGGAACGAAUGGCCACUGGGAGAGCAUUCCAGAGUCUGGGGGCAGCAUUCCAGAGUCUGGGGGCAGCAACUUCUGCUGUUUAAUAAUUUUAAUUAAUUACAUAAUAUUAAAAAUAGCAUGUAUAAUGCAAAAUCAUGUAAUAUUUGCAUAAUAUACAAAGCAGCUUAUGAUAAAAGGCGGAAAAAAUCACAAAUAACGCCCCCCCCCCCAAUUGGGACACAUGCCCAAUUAUAUUAAUGCAUCUAAAGUAAGUCCUACCGUAAAUACAGGCAGACUUAGCUAGAAAGCCCCUUAUUGCCCAGAUUAUAAAUGAAGCAGCCCACCCCUAGUAAAGACAAGAUCAGAGUAUUUUAUGCUUAUGAGUCUCAUAGAAAGAUUCAGAGUGUUCUUUUUGUUCUCCUGGAACUUUUCCACACUGAGUUUUUAUGGCGCUUUUGCAUGCUGAGGCUUGGGGUGCAUUUAUAUGAGGGUGAGAUUUAGCCAAAUUCAGUACUAGUACAGCAAGAUACUGUUCAUAUAGCAAGUGGAAUUAUUCAGGUUUUAUCUUUAUGAAUUGAGUUUAACUCGGAGUAGCUGCAUCCAAAAAUAGUUGUACUUUCUAAAAUGUUUUCCUGGGAUACUCCAUCAUUCUGUGGAGUAUAAUUCUGAUGUGUGGAGAGAUCCAAUGGAUAAAGCGGAUCAAGAUGAGAUGGAACUGUGGCUUUGCUGAGUGUCUGCUGACAUGAUAGCACUCUGGGCAGACUUGUUUCCUGGGCCUUGGAGUCAACUUCCAUUCUUUCAUUUCUAUUUCCCCCCUUUCAUUUUAAAAAUACUUCCUUCCUGAAAAGCCAGACUCAUUUUUAAAAACAAUUAAUUUGCCAUGGGUCUUGCACAAGGCUGCCACAUGUUUCUAUAGCCAGCUACAAGGUUUUUUUUUAGCACAGUCAAUGGAAAAUUAGAAAAUAUUCAUAAGUUGGGAAGGACUGGCCAUGGAGCUCUGAAACCAAGCACAGUCGUAGCACAGGAUCGUGGGACUCUAUGUAUUAAAUUUGAAGAUGAUAGCUCAAUAAAUGAUAUGUAAUAAUUUUUUUAGGCAAGCAUGGUGCUUCAUUAUAUUUUUGAAUUUCUCCAUCGACCUUGUGCAAGCUUGCCACCUAGUGGCCAACUGCAGUAUUGUGCAAGAUCAAUGGGGAAACAAAAAAAGUGGAAUACCCUUCCUGUUUAAACAAAAAUUACAAAUCAAUUUAUCGAUCAGCUUCAAAUUUAGUACAGAGUCCCACUAUCCAGUGCUAUAACUGUGCCUUAUUUCAGAGCUCCAUAGCCAGCCCUUCCCAACUUACAUUUCCCCCCUAAUUUUCCAUUGAUCUCUUUUAAAAAAACAACUACCUUGUAGCUAGCUAUAGAGACACAUGGCAGCCUUGUAUCUCUAUAGCCUUGUGUCUUUAUAUUCAGCCUUCUGUCUCUAUAUUCAAGAGUGCGGGUAGAGAAGCAGCAGGUUUGUGUGCAUGUGUGGUGGAAACCCUGCAUUCUUUUAAAUUGUUGCUAUUUUUUAAUAAAAUCAUUAUAAAGCAAAAUAUUUUUUUCAUUAAUUUCCAAAAAUGGAAAUUAAAAAGCAAUUUUUUUUUGAGUCAAACUUUUAAAUGAAUUUUUUAAAGCAACUACUUAAAAGAAUGCAGGGUCUCCACCACACAUGCACACAAUCCUGCUCCUUCUCUACCUGAGCUCUUGAAUAGGAAGGAGGAGGUGGGGCAUCCACCACCUCUGCAACCCCAUUGGCCAAAAAUGACCAGAAGGAUGGCAGGGAGAGCAUGCAGUAUGAACAGUCCCUGCUUGGAAAAAAUGUAAGGAACCAUAGCCAACUUCAUAAGAUACAGAAAUAUGAACAGCCCCACUCUGAAUUAUGCCUGAAAAUGUUUAUUUCUGUUUAUUUCUACUUUGACUACUUUCAUCCAAUGUUAGACCACAUACUCUCGUUCUAAAGCUGGCAGUCUGGAAUGGCUCCAGGUAAGCAGGAAAGGCUGCCAUCUCAGAAUUUAAAAGUUGCCAUAGUUUGGUUGCUGACUGGUUUUAAGAUAACAGGACAUUGUGUCUAUCACCAUCACACUCCAUAAUUUAUUAAACCAUUGUUAGAUGGGCAAGUGACCAGACUUCUUCCAGUUAGCACCAAUAACCAAUUUAACCACGACAGCAAGCAGAUUCAACAAGUCAUUCUGAGAAUUAGUCAAUAAGCCAGAUAGCAGUUUAUCUAUAGGUUCAUAUCUGCAUAUUUGGUGGCCUGGAUAGACAUUCUGGCUAAAGGUUAAUCAUCAUAUAACUUCAAUAUUGAAAAAGUAAUUCCCGUGGGAUAUUAUAAACCCCACCCCUAUUGCUUGUAGCCGCCAAUGGAGGAGACACAAAGCUCUGUUGAGUCCCAUAGGAAAUGCUCAGGGGAAUAGAUAUAAUUGAACAAAUGGGGGGGGGUGAUCCUUGGGCCCCUGAGGGAGCGGGGCCCUUCUGCCAGCUAACAGCUUGCUUUUCUGCAGCACAGGUACAAGGGGAAUCUAGGAAAGCAGAGGCCCUGGGGGUGGGCUCCUGAAAGAGCUGUGUCUAGCCCUUUGAGAAUUAUCCUGUGCAUGGACACUGUACCCACACACUGGGAAAGAUCGUAUUCCAGGUGUUGUUGUUUUUUAAAGUAGCAGUAGGUAUCAGCCUCUUCAUUUUUACAAUGAAAAUAAACUCAUAUAUAGUAAUUGUAGCAGCCAAGAUAGGAUAUUUUCCCUGCAUGUGUGAGCUUUCUGAAGCAUGCUUGGACAUACACAUACAAGGAUAAAUGUAACAUGUGAAUUGAUUAUAUGAGCGUACAACUAUAGAUAUGACCAGUGGCAAUUUCUUUUAUCGUAAUGGCACUUUUUAGCUGCUGUGAUGUUUCCAGUCAUAUCAAAGAUUAUGAAUCAUGAAGACCAUGGUCAGAUAUAUCUUGUGUGAAGAAUCACCCUUUGAGCUCUUUUUUUAUAAAAAGAGAGCCACAUUAUUGCCACAAAAGUUUGGUAUACAUCUCCUUAAUACAGGCCAUUCAUUAAUUUUAAUUCUGAUUAAUCACAAUUAAUUAAAAUGCUUUUGCAUCAUAUUAGAGGGAGUCCAUUCCAGUAUGAUGGUACUAUAAUGGUAAAUCUGUGUUGUUUUCUAACGGCUCAGAUUGUUAGUAAGAGCAGGAGAGGAUACAGGUCUGAAAUGGUGCCUGAUUCUUAUUUGUUUAUAUUGCUUGAUAAAAGUUCAGACGUGCUCAGUCUGACCAUACAAUUACUUUCUGAAAAUUUGCAGUGCCUUUGUGUUGAUUUUAAACUAUUAUUUUGGUGCUAAUAACUUUUUUCUUGCAAUAUGUCUCAAGCUCGCCAUUUAUGUGUCGCCCUUACAGUUUUAGUAGCAUCUGUCCUAUAGGGACAGAUUUCCUUUGCUUUAAAAUGUGUAGGUUUAGCAGGGUGAUCUAUUUUUCAUUUUGAACACUGAAAGCAACAGGAGUUGUUUGGCUGUACAUCCUUAGCUGCUUGUUUUUGUGAUUAUUUUUGCUAAUCACAAUGCUUGCUAUUUUGUUUUUCAGUAUUUAUUUGGUGCCUAUCUCCAUAGGUAUCUUUUGCUUAACAAAGAGGCAGCAUGCCUGAAAGCUACAUAUUUCAGUUUAAUCUUUCCUUUAAUUUCCAUAAACUGCUUUCUUUAAUUCCAUAAACUGAGAAGCUGUUGUAUGUUUUAAGGUGCUUAAAAAACAGAUAAUUGUAAGAGAUAAGAGGAGUUCAUAGAAGAUUUACAUGAUUUUCUUUCUCUAAUCUAUUUGUAAGUGAGUCACCGGAAGACUCCAAACCACUAUAUAGGGGCCGAAUGGUGUAGUGAUCCCUAUUGUCCAGCUAUAAAAAGCUCCGUAUCAUGCAGAGGCUCUCUGUGCUUGUAGUUGCUUCAGUUGGGUGUCCAGAGCCACUCAUCUACACUCCUGUCCUGUCCAGUUAAAUGGAAGGGCAAAAUCCAUGUACUCAUUGUUAGUCUCUUUCAACACUCUGUUGAAAUUAAUGACCACAUAGGAGCUCCAUGUGUGCACUGGAGCAUCUCAGAGCUCUUAGCGGGAGUUAUUGUAUCCUGUUGCUUCACUUUUAUUGUGGGAAAUAUUGGGAUAGUCAACUCUAUGUAUCUGUCCAUGUAAGAAAACACAUACAUGCUAAAAAGAUUUGAAAUAUGUUGUCCUCCAAAGUUAGUAUUAUGUACAGUAUUGAAAGGAUUUUAGCUUUAUAUGAUACAGGGAAGACAUAUAUUCGACUGUUAUGUCAUUUAAUGUAGUUUAUGGAUAUAUAUUUUUUAAAAUUAAAGGGAACCCGCUGAUGUAAUUUUGACUUUUGAUGCAAUCAAAAAGGGAGGAAAGACAAUAUUCAGGCUGAUUAGGAACAGGCAACUGACAAUCUAGUGAUAUUCUUGUAGGUCCUGAUUCAUCGUUUGGACUUUCUGGGUAAAACUUCACAUAGGACAUUGUUAGCAAUGGUUGUUAUCCAGACUAAUAUUGCACACGUCUUGCAUGCACAAUGUGGGGAAGAGGGUUUUUUAUGGAUUCCCCACUUCCUUCUGUAGCCCUCUGUGCCUGCCAAAGAAUAUGUCCCUGAGGGUCACACAAAAUAUUUUGGGAGGCACAAAUGGAUGCAAAGGAAAGGGGAAAUUGGCAAAAAUUGCUCUCCCCCAUUGCACAUGUGGAAUGUUAUUUGGCAUCUACAAAGUCAAUCUGGAUGUCAGCCAAUCAGAAUAUGCUGCUGGAUUUGUUCUGUAUAAUAAAAUUGUUCUGUGUAAUUAUUUUUAAGAGUAAAAGCAACAAUAACAGACACACUCAAUUACAAGAGCAUAAGGUUCUUGACAGCAUACUUUUUUGUAAGCUUCUUAGCCUCCAUUUUUUGACUGUCAUACAGGUAUAACUGUACAUCUUUUGUGUUUUACUUACAAAAAGCUCUUGUAUUUUCACACAGAAAAGGCUAUUUUCCAAAAAAAAUGAAUGAAAAGUCAACAUAGUCCUAGUGGCUGUGGACAAUGCAACAUUUUUCUGCAGUCAGUAACACAUAUAAGGUUUGCAUUCAUUUCUCUUGCAUGACAAUUCAGUAUAUUUUAGUGAUUCAGUGCUAGGGAAAUUGAAUGCAUUUUUCAAAGCAUCCAGUGGUUGGCUAAAUGUUGCAGAGACAGAUGCCUGUCACCCUAAUUUCUGACUCUUGCUGUUGAACAUAUCACAAAGUCACCAAAACAAUUAAAGUGAUGUUUAAAAGAGUCUUCAGAAAUAUUGGGAGUUUGUUAGUGGCAUUCCCCUUCCCAUGGUAUUUGAAGUACAUCCUGUUAAUUAUGCUGCUCAGAUACACAAUUGUCUUUUUUAUUUUAUUUUUUAAGAACAGGGGGCCUUAUUCAACCUGGGACCUUCAAUGUUCCUCCUCUUUACAUUUCACUUAAAAUCUGUUGGAAUUUCCUCACUCAUACUUGGUACUUGUCCAAGAUACUUUGGAAGCUUUUGAUUGGGGGAAGAAUUUAUGUUUUACAUAUUGUUAAUGUUGGACACAAUCCAUUGGGGUUCACUCUUGUGCAAAUACCAGUUAAAUGAAUGAGAGCUGCGCAAGAGUAGGACCAUGGCCGUGUGUGAUUCAUUUCUGUGUGGCUUACACAGGAGAAUCUCCCAAUGCAUUGUGCCCAUUCAUUGUGGAUAUUAUGUCAUUGUACAUGUUUGGGAAAAUAUAGUAACAUGCAACCGAGCAAUGAUUUUUUUAAAAGGUGUAUGUAUCUGGUUUUCUUUCUUUUGGAAAAUAUUAUAUUUUUAUUUGUAUUUUUUACUUUUUAAAAAACUGAUCCGUAUGUGCAGUAUUUUCGUAUUUCAUAGUGAUCUCCUAAGCAAGAGAAAGAAAGUAGUCUGCAAUUAAAGGUGAAUUUCACUUCUUGUGGGAAACUAUAUAGGUCAUUCUCAUAUAUCAUAUUCUGUAUGUCACAUCACUGUAAAAAUAAUAUGGUUAUGUAAAUAAUUGCAAGAUUUAAAUCACCAUUUGAAAUUUGUUAUACAUUUCUUCUUCAUUGUGGCCUCUAGUUCAGACUUAAUUCAAGACUGAGCCUCAUCAAACUAUGAAUUCUUUCUUUCUUUCAAAAUUUCCUGGUUUCUCCAGGUUUUUUUCUUUCAGUUUUUAAAUGUUUUCAGUUUAUUUGAGUUUUGAAUUUGUUUUGUUGUUCCUAGCUUGUGAGAAGUUGAUCUUCAGAAUUAUUUUUACACUAUUUAUGACUUAUUUUCAUAAUGUAAAAAGUGUGUAAUUAUUAAACUCUUAAUCUUAA